AUGAUUUUAAUAAAAUAGUUCUAUGGAUAGAAGCAUCAUCAUUCAUUCUCACUGAGUAUCUGUUUGGAUACUUUUUAGAAGCUUGGAAUUUUAAGUUGGACUUAAUAAGCUUGAAUAACAGUGUUAUUUUCAGCCGUUUUAAAAGAUGGGUUUAUAAACUAAAAUCAUACAUUCUUUCCCCAUUUCUAGCUUCAUCAUUUUAGUCAAAUUUUUCAGUGUCUCCAAGUCAUAGCUAUUCUUUCUUUAAAGUGAAGAAAAUAAAUAUGCCUAUACUUUGAGUCAUUCCAAUGAUUAAAUGUGAUAAUGCAUAAAAUGUUUAGCUCAGUAACUGCUUUGUAAUACAUUCCACAUAAGUAUUAGCUUUGAAUGUUUUUAUAAUCAUGACUUACUCAUUUUGGGAACAAUGAUUACUAUAUAUUUAGUGCCUUGCUCCCUGUGUUUACUCUAUUUUCAUAACCUAGGCAGCUAUGGUCCGAUGAAUGAUUUCACUGCUUUAGCUAGUUGCACUAUUGCAUGAUUUUAGCCUGAUUUCAUGGGAUGCAACAGAAUGAACAUCGUGGCUCAUGGCUGUCAGUAGUGAAAAAUAGCUGGAAAUCAGACAAACAAGUUUAUUGCUGAGAUUGUUUCUGGGCUAAAAGUUCUUCCAACAGCUGUUUGUUUUGGCCAUUAACAUGUCCAUUCUUUUUAUUUUUUUCUGAGCUGAGGGAAAUACAAUUUUCUUUAAAAAGAGAAUGCAGGCUGGCUAUUUCUGAAAUCAGGAAGAACCCCUGUCCUUCCACUGUUGUGGUCUUUUGGCUGCUCUGACAGUUGGACUGAAGGGCUUCUCCUUUUGUUUUUUUCCUCUUUUUCACUCUCAAAGUUCAGACUCAGACUGCUUUAGUGAGAAGAAAAAAGCAAAACUAAGAGCUGUCUAAUCCUAAGAAGGAGCUUUGUAGCAGUUACCUUGAAGAAAAGUUUACUCCCCAAAGGAGUAUUUAGUAUUACUUAGACACUGAGUCACUGAACAGAGAGAGAGAGAGAGAGAGAGAGAGAGAGAGAGAGAGAGAGAGAGAGAAAUGAGAAUGAAUAUGAAUCCCAGCCAGCAAGAAAGAAAGAUACUUAACUAAAGAUGCAGAGAAGUUUUGCCUCUUUCUGAAAAUUAUAUUAUUAGUUUUUUAAAAAUCAGGAUGACUGCUAGUUUUGUUUAAAGUAUUUGUUCUGGAAAUACUAAAGUUGGAGUCUACCAGACUGAGGUUAGAAGCAUUUUCUUUGGCAGCAAGAAGAUAAUUUUAUAGAAGCCAUGCCUGUUUUUGGGGUUGCCUCAAAACUGAGGCAGCCAGCUGUGGGGUCAAAGCCUGUGCAUACUGCUCUUCCGAUACCAAAUCUUGGCACUACUGGGUCACAGCACUGUUCUUCAAGACCUUUGGAACUUGCUGAAACAGAGAGCUCCAUGCUUUCUUGUCAGCUUGCAUUGAAAUCAACCUGUGAAUUUGGAGAGAAGAAACCCCUCCAAGGAAAAGCCAAGGAGAAAGAAGACAGCAAGAUUUACACUGACUGGGCCAACCACUACCUAGCAAAAUCGGGCCACAAGCGGCUGAUCAAGGACUUGCAACAAGACAUUGCAGAUGGAGUACUCCUAGCAGAAAUCAUCCAGAUUAUUGCAAAUGAAAAAGUUGAAGAUAUCAAUGGAUGUCCUAGAAGUCAGUCUCAGAUGAUUGAAAAUGUUGAUGUCUGCCUUAGUUUUCUAGCAGCCAGAGGGGUAAAUGUUCAAGGUCUAUCUGCUGAAGAAAUAAGAAAUGGAAACUUAAAAGCCAUUCUAGGGCUGUUUUUCAGUUUGUCUCGCUACAAGCAGCAACAACACCAUCAACAACAGUACUACCAGUCCUUGGUGGAACUUCAGCAGCGAGUUACUCACGCUUCCCCUCCAUCGGAAGCUGGCCAGGCCAAAACCCAACAAGAUAUGCAGUCCAGUCUGGCAGCCAGAUAUGCAACUCAGUCUAAUCACAGUGGAAUUGCAACCAGUCAAAAAAAGCCUACUAGGCUUCCAGGGCCCUCUAGGGUGCCUGCUGCAGGCAGCAGCAGCAAGGUCCAGGGAGCCUCUAAUUUAAAUAGGAGAAGUCAGAGCUUUAACAGCAUUGACAAAAACAAGCCUCCAAAUUAUGCAAAUGGAAACGAAAAAGAUUCCUCCAAAGGACCUCAAUCAUCUUCAGGUGUAAAUGGUAACAUGCAGCCUUCCAGUACUGCUGGGCAGCCUCCUGCCUCUGCCAUCCCUUCUCCAAGUGCCAGCAAACCCUGGCGCAGCAAGUCCAUGAAUGUCAAACACAGCGCCACCUCCACCAUGUUGACUGUAAAACAGUCAAGUCCAGCCACCUCACCCACACCACCGUCAGACAGACUGAAGCCACCUGUCUCAGAAGGGGUCAAAAGUGCUCCCUCAGGACAGAAAUCCAUGCUUGAGAAAUUCAAGCUAGUCAAUGCCCGGACUGCUUUACGCCCCCCGCAGCCUCCCAGUUCAGGACCUAGUGAUGGUGGGAAGGAUGAUGAUGCCUUUUCUGAAUCUGGUGAAAUGGAAGGUUUUAACAGUGGUCUGAAUAGUGGUGGCUCAGCAAAUAGCAGUCCCAAAGUGUCACCUAAGUUGGCCCCUCCAAAAGCUGGAAGCAAAAAUCUCAGCAAUAAAAAGUCUUUGCUACAGCCAAAGGAAAAAGAAGAAAAGAACAGGGACAAAAAUAAAGUUUGCACUGAAAAACCAGUCAAGGAAGAGAAGGAUCAGGUGACCGAGAUGGCUCCAAAAAAGACCUCCAAAAUUGCCAGCUUGAUCCCCAAGGGCAGCAAGACAACAGCAGCCAAGAAGGAAAGCUUAAUUCCAUCUUCCAGUGGGAUUCCAAAACCAGGCUCUAAAGUUCCAACAGCAAAGCAAACCAUUUUACCUGGCAGCACAGCAAGCAAAGAGUCUGAGAAAUUCAGGACUACCAAGGGGAACCCUUCCCAGUCCUUACCUAAGCCUAUAACCAUGGAGAAAGCAAGUGCAUCUAGCUGUCCUGGCCCUUUGGAAGGAAGGGAAGCUGGUCAAGCCUCUUCUGCUUCCUGUACCAUGACAGUGGCACAAAGCAGUGGGCAGAGCACAGGAAAUGGUGCUGUCCAACUCCCUCAACAGCAGCAACACAGCCACCCGAAUACUGCGACAGUGGCACCAUUCAUUUACAGGGCACAUUCAGAAAAUGAAGGUACCUCUUUACCAUCAGCUGACUCCUGUACCAGUCCUACAAAGAUGGACUUAUCAUAUAGUAAGACUGCUAAGCAGUGCCUGGAGGAGAUAUCUGGUGAAGACCCUGAAACAAGAAGAAUGAGAACCGUUAAAAACAUAGCAGAUUUGAGGCAGAAUUUAGAAGAGACUAUGUCCAGUCUUCGUGGGACUCAGAUAAGCCACAGCACCUUGGAGACAACAUUUGACAGCACUGUGACAACAGAAGUGAAUGGAAGGAGCAUACCCAACUUGACAAGUCGACCCACCCCCAUGACAUGGAGGUUGGGCCAGGCAUGUCCGCGACUUCAGGCAGGAGAUGCUCCCUCCCUGGGUGCUGGCUAUCCUCGCAGUGGUACCAGUCGAUUCAUCCACACAGACCCCUCGAGGUUCAUGUAUACCACGCCUCUCCGUCGAGCUGCUGUCUCUCGGCUGGGAAACAUGUCACAGAUUGACAUGAAUGAAAAAGCAAGCAGUGACCUGGACGUGUCUUCUGAAGUCGAUGUAGGUGGAUAUAUGAGUGAUGGUGAUAUCCUUGGGAAAAGUCUCAGGACUGAUGACAUCAACAGUGGGUACAUGACAGAUGGAGGACUUAACCUAUACACUAGAAGUCUGAACCGAAUACCAGAUACAGCAAGUUCCCGGGACGUCAUCCAGAGAGGGGUUCACGAUGUGACAGUGGAUGCAGACAGCUGGGAUGACAGCAGUUCAGUGAGCAGUGGUCUCAGUGACACGCUUGAUAACAUCAGCACUGAUGACCUGAACACCACAUCCUCUGUCAGCUCUUACUCCAACAUCACCGUCCCCUCCAGGAAAAACACUCAGCUGAAGACAGAUUCAGAGAAACGCUCCACCGCAGAUGAGACCUGGGAUAGUCCUGAGGAACUGAAAAAACCAGAAGAAGAUUUUGACAGCCAUGGGGAUGCUGGUGGCAAGUGGAAGACUGUGUCCUCUGGACUUCCUGAAGACCCCGAGAAGGCAGGACAGAAAGCUUCCCUAUCUGUUUCACAGACAGGUUCCUGGAGAAGAGGCAUGUCUGCCCAAGGAGGGGCACAAUCUAGGCAGAAAGCUGGAACAAGUGCGCUCAAAACUCCUGGGAAAACCGAUGAUGCCAAAGCGUCUGAGAAAGGAAAAGCUCCCCUAAAAGGAUCAUCUCUACAAAGGUCUCCUUCAGAUGCAGGAAAAAGCAGUGGAGAUGAAGGGAAAAAGCCCCCCUCAGGCAUUGGAAGAUCGACUGCCACCAGCUCCUUUGGCUUUAAGAAACCAAGUGGAGUAGGGUCAUCUGCCAUGAUCACUAGCAGUGGAGCAACCAUAACAAGUGGCUCUGCAACACUGGGUAAAAUUCCAAAAUCUGCUGCCAUUGGCGGGAAGUCAAAUGCAGGGAGAAAAACCAGUUUGGACGGUUCACAGAAUCAGGAUGAUGUUGUGCUGCAUGUUAGCUCUAAGACUACCCUACAAUAUCGCAGCCUGCCCCGCCCUUCAAAGUCCAGCACCAGUGGCAUUCCUGGCCGAGGUGGCCACAGAUCCAGUACCAGCAGUAUUGAUUCCAACGUCAGCAGCAAGUCUGCUGGGGCCACCACCUCCAAACUGAGAGAACCAACUAAAAUUGGGUCAGGGCGCUCAAGUCCUGUCACCGUCAACCAAACAGACAAGGAAAAGGAAAAAGUAGCAGUCUCAGAUUCAGAAAGUGUCUCUUUGUCAGGUUCCCCCAAAUCCAGCCCCACUUCUGCCAGCGCCUGUGGUGCACAAGGUCUCAGGCAGCCAGGAUCCAAGUAUCCAGAUAUUGCCUCACCCACAUUUCGAAGGUUGUUUGGUGCCAAGGCAGGUGGCAAAUCUGCCUCUGCACCUAAUACUGAGGGUGUGAAAUCUUCCUCAGUAAUGCCCAGCCCUAGUACCACAUUAGCGCGGCAAGGCAGUCUGGAGUCACCGUCGUCCGGUACGGGCAGCAUGGGCAGUGCUGGUGGGCUAAGCGGCAGCAGCAGCCCUCUCUUCAAUAAACCCUCAGACUUAACUACAGAUGUUAUAAGCUUAAGUCACUCGUUGGCCUCCAGCCCAGCAUCGGUUCACUCUUUCACAUCAGGUGGUCUCGUGUGGGCUGCCAAUAUGAGCAGUUCCUCUGCAGGCAGCAAGGACACUCCGAGCUACCAGUCCAUGACUAGCCUCCACACGAGCUCUGAGUCCAUUGACCUCCCCCUCAGCCAUCAUGGCUCCUUGUCUGGACUGACCACAGGCACUCACGAGGUCCAGAGCCUGCUCAUGAGAACGGGUAGUGUGAGAUCUACUCUUUCAGAAAGCAUGCAGCUUGACAGAAAUACACUACCCAAAAAGGGACUAAGAUAUACCCCAUCAUCUCGGCAGGCCAACCAAGAAGAGGGCAAAGAGUGGUUGCGUUCUCAUUCUACUGGAGGGCUUCAGGACACUGGCAACCAGUCACCUCUGGUUUCGCCUUCUGCCAUGUCAUCUUCUGCAGCUGGAAAAUACCACUUUUCUAACUUGGUGAGCCCAACAAAUUUGUCUCAAUUUAACCUUCCUGGGCCCAGCAUGAUGCGCUCAAACAGCAUCCCAGCCCAAGACUCUUCCUUCGAUCUCUAUGAUGACUCCCAGCUUUGUGGGAGUGCCACUUCUCUGGAGGAAAGACCUCGUGCCAUCAGUCAUUCAGGCUCAUUCAGAGACAGCAUGGAAGAGGUUCAUGGCUCUUCAUUAUCACUGGUGUCCAGCACUUCUUCUCUUUACUCUACAGCUGAAGAAAAGGCUCAUUCAGAGCAAAUCCAUAAACUGCGGAGGGAGCUGGUUGCAUCACAAGAAAAAGUUGCUACCCUCACAUCUCAGCUUUCAGCAAAUGCACACCUUGUAGCAGCUUUUGAAAAGAGCUUAGGGAAUAUGACUGGCCGAUUGCAAAGUCUAACCAUGACAGCGGAACAAAAGGAGUCUGAACUUAUAGAACUAAGAGAAACCAUUGAAAUGCUGAAGGCUCAGAAUUCUGCUGCCCAGGCGGCUAUUCAGGGAGCGCUGAAUGGUCCAGACCAUCCUCCCAAAGAUCUUCGCAUCAGAAGACAGCAUUCCUCUGAAAGUGUUUCUAGUAUCAACAGUGCCACAAGCCAUUCAAGUAUUGGCAGUGGUAAUGAUGCUGAUUCCAAGAAAAAGAAAAAGAAGAACUGGGUGAACUCUAGAGGAAGUGAGCUGAGAAGUUCUUUCAAACAAGCCUUUGGGAAGAAAAAGUCCACCAAGCCUCCUUCCUCACAUUCCGACAUUGAAGAGCUUACUGAUUCAUCCCUUCCAGCAUCCCCCAAGUUGCCCCAUAACGCUGGUGACUGUAGCUCAGCAUCCAUGAAGCCCUCACAAUCUGCUUCCGCGAUCUGUGAAUGCACAGAAGCUGAGGCAGAGAUAAUUCUGCAGCUGAAGAGCGAGCUCAGAGAAAAGGAAUUAAAAUUAACAGAUAUUCGGCUGGAGGCCCUCAGCUCUGCUCAUCAUCUUGAUCAGAUCCGGGAAGCCAUGAACCGGAUGCAGAAUGAAAUUGAAAUACUGAAGGCUGAAAAUGACCGGUUGAAGGCAGAAACUGGUAACACAGCUAAGCCUACUCGGCCACCAUCAGAAUCCUCAAGCAGCACCUCCUCUUCAUCUUCCAGGCAGUCAUUAGGACUUUCUCUAAAUAAUUUGAACAUCACGGAGGCUGUUACCUCAGAUAUUUUGCUAGAUGAUGCUGGUGAUGCAACUGGACAUAAAGAUGGCCGCAGUGUGAAAAUUAUAGUCUCCAUAAGCAAGGGCUAUGGUCGAGCAAAGGAUCAGAAGUCUCAGGCAUAUUUGAUAGGAUCCAUUGGUGUUAGUGGAAAAACUAAGUGGGAUGUCUUAGAUGGUGUAAUAAGACGUCUCUUUAAGGAAUAUGUAUUCCGAAUUGAUACAUCCACUAGCCUUGGUCUGAGCUCUGACUGCAUUGCUAGCUACUGUAUAGGAGACUUAAUUAGAUCCCAUAACCUAGAAGUGCCUGAAUUGCUGCCUUGUGGAUACCUUGUUGGAGAUAAUAACAUCAUCACUGUGAACCUCAAAGGGGUAGAAGAAAAUAGUUUGGACAGUUUUGUUUUUGAUACACUGAUUCCUAAACCAAUUACCCAAAGGUACUUUAACUUGUUGAUGGAGCAUCACAGAAUUAUACUCUCAGGACCGAGUGGUACCGGAAAGACCUAUUUGGCAAACAAACUUGCUGAAUAUGUAAUAACCAAAUCUGGGAGGAAGAAAACAGAGGAUGCAAUUGCCACUUUUAAUGUGGACCACAAGUCAAGUAAGGAAUUGCAACAAUAUCUAGCUAACCUGGCUGAACAGUGCAGUGCUGAUAAUAAUGGAGUGGAGCUCCCAGUUGUAAUAAUUCUCGAUAAUCUUCAUCAUGUGGGCUCUCUGAGUGAUAUCUUCAAUGGUUUUCUCAAUUGUAAAUACAACAAAUGUCCAUAUAUUAUUGGAACAAUGAAUCAGGGAGUUUCUUCAUCACCAAAUCUAGAGCUGCAUCACAAUUUCAGGUGGGUAUUAUGUGCAAAUCAUACAGAACCAGUGAAAGGCUUUUUAGGCAGAUAUCUUCGAAGAAAACUCAUAGAGAUAGAAAUUGAAAGGAACAUUCGCAAUAAUGACCUAGUCAAAAUUAUAGAUUGGAUUCCUAAGACGUGGCAUCAUCUCAACAGUUUUUUGGAAACACACAGUUCUUCUGACGUUACCAUUGGUCCCCGACUUUUCCUUCCUUGCCCCAUGGAUGUAGAAGGUUCUAGAGUGUGGUUCAUGGAUCUCUGGAACUAUUCUUUAGUACCUUAUAUUCUGGAGGCAGUGAGAGAGGGUCUUCAGAUGUAUGGGAAACGCACACCAUGGGAAGACCCUUCAAAGUGGGUGCUUGACACAUAUCCAUGGAGCUCAGCAUCUCUGCCUCAGGAGAGCCCAGCCUUACUUCAGCUGCGACCAGAAGACGUUGGGUAUGAAGGCUGCACAUCCACUAAGGAAGCCACAACCUCAAAGCACAUUCCUCACACUGACACAGAAGGAGAUCCCCUGAUGAAUAUGCUAAUGAAACUCCAAGAAGCAGCCAAUUACUCGAGCACACAAAGCUGCGACAGCGAAAGCACCAGCCACCAUGAAGACGUUUUGGAUUCAUCUCUUGAAUCUACCCUCUAGAGGGUGAAAAAAGUUAGGGGAAAAGACUCUGCUUUUAAAAAAAUGUUUCAAAAGAAAGAUAUUCUCACUAAACCACUGCCAGUAUAAAAGCACCCUGUCAAGGGCCCUGACCCAGAGUUGUGGUCUCCAAGGAGGCAGCAGAACUAAGUCUGAACCGCCAAGAUGCUAAAUUGCAAUGGAAGCUUAACUUUAGUUUAUUUCUAAGCAUUUUUUAUAUCUGUGGAGUAAUAGAAGGCUCCAUUACUCAACUGGAAAGGACCCUAAUGACAGGGCAACUGAAUAGAUUGCACAUGGGAUAGCCAAACUGGACUUUCUUUGUUUCCUCUUUAAAAGUUUACAAUGCAGACCAUUUUUUGUCCCUUCCUUUUGUUUCCUCUGAGGGGCUGUUCUCCCCAGGCAGGGUCCAUCUUUCUGAUCCGUCCAACCUCCUUUGUGCCACAUGGUGCUGGUCACAGGGCUUCAGUAGUGUUUGUGUUGUGCGCUCACCCCCAUUCCAGAACAAAUCCAAGAGGCCAGUCCUCCAUAAGCACAAAUGGAAUUGUGCAACCACCAGAAAAACACUACUGUGGCAAACUGGAGAAGUGCCAAUUUAAUUCUAACUGCCACGUUCUCAUGAUGUGCUCCACCAACUUUUUAGUAAUGAGUCACUGGUUUUAUAAGGUUGUUUUUACCACAGUGGUCUUUUUAAACCACCUUCCCACUCCCUUAACAAGAGUUUUAUACCAAUUAUUAGUCAACACUGAUAAAAGGCUUUUUUAGGGCUUUAUUUGUUUGAGCCUUUUCAGUGAAAGAAGGAAAAUUUCCUAUGGUGCUGUCUCACUGCCUUAAAACAGAUUUCUACGACAGUUUAACAGUUGGUUUAAAUCCUAAACCAUUAGUAAUUUCCACUGUCUUUUCAUUUACAACCAAGCAACACCAGUUAACACAGUAGCCUCAUCUCUAUAUAUCUUUCUCUCUCUCUUUUUUUUUUUUUUUUUGAAGAAAUGGAUAGGAGAAAGAUCAGUAUUUUUAGCCUUGUGAAUAGAUCGCUUUGCCUAUCCUCCAAAAUAUUAAAAUAACCCAGAAAUGCUCUUUGACCGUCACUUAAAACCUAAGACGUGGCGAAAUUCCAUCCAGUUCUAAGUGAAAGAGUUUCAGAAGGCAGGAGAUUUUGAACUAUUAUCCAGCAGGGCUGGAAGCACUAGAUGCAGCAUGAGCACAACUAUUCGGCUUUCCUUCCCUAUUGUUCUUGUUUUUUUAAAUUAGUUCUGACGCAUGUUGUUUUGAUUGCUAUCGUUGUACAUGAGAAAUUCAGCAUUAAAGAACACUGAAGCGGUAAGGUCACUGUGGAAGAGGAAGCGUUUAUACUGUAAAAGAAGGUUAGAUUUGCACAGUCUACUGGGUAGGUAUUGUAAAUAAUAAUUUUUAAAACUUGCACAAAUCGAAACAAACACAAACAAAAUUGUAUUUUAUCCUGUUGGUGUUAAGAGGUGUUUCACUUGCUGAGAUUUCCUGUACAUUGCAAACAAAUACAGAAUGCAAACCCUCAAAGCUGUAUUAUCUGGUGUGUUUGUCCUGUAUUUACAGUUGUUAUGACUAUGCAGGAGCUAUCAGUGCUAGAGUGAGCAUGCUUCAAAACUGUACAUGAAGCCAAUAUAUUUUUGGAUAAGUAAAACUGUCUGAAAGUACAUCUGUCAUGGCAGGCUUUAAAGAGAGUGCAUGAAAACUGAUCAGUCAUUGGAGAAGUUACCACCAUACACAAAGGACAGGUUUUAAGUUUAUGAAACCCAAGGGCUAGGCCAUGGUAUAGACUUCUUCUAUGAGUGUGUGAAAAUGUGUUACCUUUAGGAUGUGUAAUUGGUGCUACUCUCUGUGACCACCAAUGGGUCAGUUGCUAUAGAACACCACCACCACCACAAAAUGUCUGUGCAGUUUUCAGAGUGUCACAAAGUCAACAGGUCCUUACACGGUGCUAUUGCCCUAAGGGAAAUCCGAACUGAAUUUAUGCACAUAGAAUUGUCACCCUGACUUUGAAGCCUCAAACAUGGAUCAAAUCUGUUGUGAAACAUCAAUAUAUGUAGCUGGAUGAGUGACUAGUUGCCCUUGUAUAAUAUGUGAUCUAAGAAAAUUGCUAAUCUUUCCCUGCCAUUUUGAGAAACACAGUCCAAACAUGAGCAUAAACAGAAUUUCCUGCAAUACAUCCCAGUAGGUCCACCUAGUUUACAACUUAAACUAGUUUGUGAAACAUUUGUCUGUAUACAUUUUAUAUUUUGUACAUUUUGAUGUAACAUAUCAUGUAAAUAGGCAGAAACAGUGAAAUAAAUCAUCUGAAAAGUUUUGUAGUCUUUGUAAAGCCCCAACAAUAAGUACUUGGUGUCAAUGGACUUAACUGGAUGAUGUAUUUUCUAUUGGUUUAUUGUUCCUCUAGCUUGUAAACCAGCUUGCAUAUAUUUUUUUGCAAAUGUGCACCCUGUAUCUGUCUAAAUUAUUACUUUGCCAUUAAAGUGGAAUUAUUUAUUGACAACA